AUGUCCACGCUUCUCUGUUUGGAGAGCAUUAGAGGAGAGCUAAGAGGCUUUCAGAAGAUUCUAUUUUUGGUCAUCUUGAUAUUGUAUUUGCUAACCAUCUUUGGCAACACCGCCAUUAUCUUGGUAUGUCGCCUGGAACCCAAGCUUCACACACCCAAGUAUUUCUUCCUUUCUCAUCUCUCUUUCCCGGAUCUUUGCUUCACAAGGAGUGUUAGCCCCCAGCUUCUGGUAAACUUAUGGUAUCCCAUGAAAAUCAUUACCUAUGGUGGCUUUGUGGUUCAACUCUAUGUCUCCCCUGCACUGGGAUCCACUGAGUGUGUCCUUCGGUCGGUAAUAUCCUAUGAUCACUAUGUUGCUGCCUGUCAUCCCCUCCAUUACACUGUCUUGAUGAAUCCCCAUCUUUGCAUGACUCUGGCCUCUAUGGCAUGGUUCAGCAGGAUGGCCACUCUCACUCUGCAGCUGCCCUUCUGUGCUUAUCGCCAAAUUGACCAUUUUUUCUGUGAGGUGCCUGUGCUCAAGAAGUUGGCCUGUGUGGACACCACAUUCAAUGAGGCUGAGCUUUUCGUGGCAAGUAUCCUUUUCCUUAUAGUGCCUGUCUCAUCCAUCCUCGUUUCCUAUGGCUACACUGCCCAAGCAGUUUUAAGGAUCAAGUCAGCUACUGGCCGACAGAAAGCAUUUGGGACCUGUUCCUCCCACCUCAUGGUGGUCAUCAUCUUCUAUGCGACCAUCAACUUCAUGUAUCUGCAUCCAGCCAAGAGCAGAUUCAAGGAUCAAGGAAAAUUUGUUUCUCUCUUCUACACUGUUGUAACCCCCAUGCUUACCCCUCUUAUUUAUACUCUGAGAAAUAAAGAGGUUAAAGGGGCUCUGAAGAAAGUUCUAAAGAAGGUUCUGCAAAUCAAUAUUACAUGAUUAUCAAAAAAUUCUUAAAAGAGAUACUGUGAUGAACAACUUUUAAAUGGAGCCUAUCGGAGAUAUUUUCUUUGGAUUAUUUACAAUACUUUAUUUAAAAUUCUGUAAAAUUCUGUGAAUCUAUGUGUCUAGUCUUGACUUUGCCCUUACCCAAUACUAUCAUAAAGCAAAUCAUUGAUUUAGCCUGUACUUCAGUGUCUUCUCUGAAGAAUACAUUCCGUAAGUAGCAUAUAUAAAAUUCUUUUUAAAUUAUAAACUUCACGAGAUUAAGUUGAGCAUGAAAAUAUUCAAGAAAUUCAUAAGAUCACUCAGUCUCUCUUUCCUGUAUUUACCAAUAAUACAUUCAGCCUGUCAGCCUUCCAAGAGCUAUAGAUGGACAUGUUACCUACUUGUUACCAAGGAUUCUAAGCAGGUAGUAAAUUGAAUGUAUGCAUCUUGGAAAAAUUCUGAAGCAGAAUACUCCACUUACUUAGAACCUUGAAGAGCAGUGUAGAGGUGGAAAAACGUAUAAGGACAAAAACCUGAGGAUAAAGUUUGCAGAUUAAAUAUGAUGGAUAAAGCAGGUGGCAAGAGCUUGGUCCUUUGUGUAGUGGAGCCAAUGAGUAAGUCAAAGCUGCUUAACAUUAAACUCUGUUCCCUAUGAAAUUCACAGCUGUAGAAUUUUCUAUGGCCUAAAGACAAAAUUAGUAACAUUUAUUGUGUCACUAAUGAGUCAGAAUUGGCUCGACGGCACUGGGUUUGGUUUUUUUGGUUUUAUUGUUGUAACCGUAACACUGCUUUGUUUUUGUUUUUUUUAAACAUAUUUCUGACUUUUUUAUUCUAUAUUUUGGUUACAAUACGCACAGCAAAAAAAAAAAAAAACCGCCAUCUCAGUGACAGUGCUAACAUUCUUCAAGUUGUACAAUUCCUGCUAUACUUUUCAAAAUUAUUCCACCAACAUUGACAUAACCUUACUGCCCAUAAGGUUCUCAUUGAAUCUUUCAAAAUGCUGCACCCAGUUUGAUUUUACAUGGAUAGUUCUUUAAAAGAGCACAAGGUUCAAGGCAGACAUACUUUACUACUUAAGCUAAACUAUUGUUUGAUUCAAACAAAACUUCACAGCAUAGUCGUGGUUUUAGAUUUAAAGUUUAAAGAUUAUCUCAGAACAAUAGUUUUGGGCUCUAUCCAGCUUCAGCGGUUCCAGAGAAUCUGAAUUCCAUUGAAAAUUUGAGAAUCUGUUCAAUAUUUUCCCACAGUUGAUCAGCAUUCUUCUACAGAAUCUUUGAUCAAAUCAUUCAGAAGUGGAAGUCAGGCAUCAUUCCUUUCUGGUCCCAUGGUAUAGGAGGCAAUUGUUCAUGGUGGCAACCAGACACACAUUCCAAUUCCUGAAUUUCCUUCUUCCUCUGCUAUUCCAGGUAAAUGGAGACCAAUUGUUGUUGCUUGGAUGGCCAUAAAAGCAUUUUUUUUUUAAGUUGUGAUUUGUCUUCCAGAUAACAUCUUUAUCACACUAUUUUCACUAUUUGUACUGAAACACUGAGCUUUAUUUUCCACAACUGUUUCAUCCAUGGACUUUUUCAUGUAUAAUGGCAGUUCAAACCCAUCUUGUUGUGCCAUGGAAGAAAAGCUCUGACAAUGUAUCUACUUCUACUUCUAUAAAGAUUACAGCCAAGAAAAUCCUAUGGAACAGUUCUAAUCUGUAACACAUGGGGUUACCAUGAGUCAGAACUGACUGGAUGGCACAACAGCAACAAAUUCCUUUUUUUUAAAAUGAGGAACAUUGACAUCUUGAUUCUGGAAAUUUUAUGUGAUGCAUAGUAUUAUACAUUCUGUUUUACUUCAUUAUAGCAGGCAUUGAAUUAUGUAAUUUAUUGUUCUCCUUGUUCAGCUUACACACAAAAAAAUAAAUACAUUAUGUUAGAUGAAGAAGAUUAUUGUGGGAGAGUCUUGUAGGUUUAGAUCAGUACCCAUUUAAAAUUAAAAAUAAAGAAGGCAGGAAAUGAACCAUCGUUAGUAAUCAAUUAAAAAAAAUUAGAUAGACAUAAUUAGGAACAUAAUGCACUGGCUGUGUUCUAUCCUUUCAGUGUUUGAAGUAUUAACCUCCCAAUCAUUUGUUAACCCAUUUAUCACAUUUUUGAUGUGCAAGUAUUCAAUGCCAAGUUGUGUGCAAGUUGUGAAGCAUAGUAAUAAAUCAAGAAAGAAAUGGCAUAUGUCCACACUAAAUUUAUUAUCACUGUGAAAGAUGGAUUUUUUUAGCUACCUGGUGCUACUAGAACAGAAAUACCACAAGUGGGUAGCUUUAACGAGCUGAAAUGUGUUUCCUCACAGUUUAGGAGGGUAGAAGUCUGGAUUCAGGACCCAGCUGUAGAGGCAGGUAUUUCCUAAUUAGCAUCCAUGCCCUGGAGCAAUUAAGCCAAUGAACCGUACUCCAAGUCAGAAAGAGAAAGAAAGUUUAUUAGGAAGUGACACCAACAGAAAGCCCGACAGCAACAUUGGCUGUCUUCGUGGAGUCCCCAAAGGCAAUUUUACGUUAGAGCUUAUAUAUCGUUCUUGCAAGGGUUACACAGUGUCUUUAGGCACAUAGCCCACAGAUGGCUGGAUGAGUUAUACAUUACAAGACAAUUACAAGAGACUCCUUAUCAGACUAAAGAUAUACAUGCUGGACAUCUGGACUCUAAUCUUUAUGUUGGGAGUCACAAGUCACAGGUGGUCAGAUGGAACAAAAAAGAACCAUUAACCAAAUUAUGCAGAAAGGAACAGGUAGGCAAAAAAAAAAAAAAAAAAAAACUUAAAGGUUAUUUAGAGUAUCAUUGUGGCAUUAGUUACGCAAGCUCUUAAUCACUCAUUUUGAAAAGGAGAAAACAUGUUGCGACGUUAACGGUCACAAAGGCUCUGUCUCUAUGUGGGCUCUGGGGGAAGAUCCUUGUUCCUGGUUUCUUGGUGGUCUUCAGGUGGCGUGGUAUCUAUCUUCCCCCAUCUUUUUGCUUAAUCUGCUCUUUAUAUCUCAAACCAGAUUGACUUAAAACACACCCUACACUAAUACUGCCUCAUUAACAUAACAAGGAAAACUCAUUCAAAAAUGUUAUUUUAAGCACAAGUGUGGAGGUUAAGAUUUACAACAAAUAUUUUUGAGAGACACAAUUCAGUCCAUAACAUGGACCCUAAACAAAUAUAAAAUACCAUGGAAAUGAAGUUGAGAUAAGAUUCAUGAAGGAAAAACUAGAGGGAGUUAUCUAAUUGAAUAUCAAGGCGCUAACUGAAAGCUUUGAGAUUAAGAGGCUUUUACCAAGAAGUCUCAAGUAAAUAAAACUAAAAGUACAAGGAGGACCACACAAGCGGGGGUGAAUAUGGAGAGGGAAGAGUUUCCUGGAGAAGACUGUGUUCAAGGAAAUGUAGCCAGGUAUUAGGUGCAGCUUUAACCUGACUUUCUAAAUCUACAUAGAAUGGAUGUGAGUCUCAUCAAUUACAUCGUCUGCUGUUUUCUAAUGAAACUCAAAAAUUUCUACAAAUCCCCUGAGGACUUCUAUUCUUAAAGUGACUGUGGCCUUGUUCUGGCUCUUUAUUAAUCACUUAUGAGUUUAGAAUACUUUAAAUAAACUUUUAUUGAGUGGAGAUAACUCAGAUAUGACAGAGCAUGUACUGAGCACGCUUGAAUCUUUCAAUGCAGUCUGCUUCUUUCAUAUUUUCCCAGGAUUGCUACACUCUUUCCCCUGUAUUUCAGUCAUCUCCCUUCUUGUAGUGUUUUGACACCAACAAACACCCAGAGCUUGGAAGAUCCAGUUUACAAGCUGAGAAAGUAUUAAAAAUGUGUUUCCAGAUAUAAAGAACUUUCUCCUAAGAAGAGUUCUGGUGCCCUGUUCAGAUCACAGGAAGCCCUGGUGGCGUAGUGGUUAAGUGCUACGGCUGCUAACCAAAAGGUAGGUAGUUUGAAUCUGCCAGGCCCUCCUUGGAAACUCUAUGGCCCAGUUCUACUCUGUCCUAUAGGGUCGCUAUGAGUUGGAAUUGACUCGACGGCACUGGGUUUGGUUUUUUGGUUUUUUUGGUUCAGAUGACAAAAUUUCCAUUCUUUUUAUAAAAAUAAAAAUAAUGUUACACCAUUGUUUGUUGUGGAUUUUCAGGAAAUUAUCUCAUGUUCUUUCAAAUUCAUACUAGAUAAAAUAUUUGUAGAGUAUGAAUAUAUGGGGUCUACAGCAAUUUUUUUUAUCGCCGUAAACUCAGUGGUCCAUGUAAAACAAUCCUCUUUCCUUUUUUCCCUUCCCUCCCACGCUGGUAGCCAAUAAUAAACCUCCUUUGUCCUCAUCAAACCUGCCCCUCCUGUCACUGGUGAAGUAUGGGCAGUGGACGGCAGGCUGAUUAACCCCCACCCUGGAACCACCAAAACAAAACAAGCCAAACCUCUACAUAAUUGUUCACAACAUCUUCAUUUAUAAUAGCUCCAAAUUGGAAACAGUCAAAAUCUUCUCAAACAGGUAAUGGUUUAGCAAACUCUGAUCCAUUCAUACCCUGUAAUACUAUUCAGCAAUAAACAGGAAUGUACUAUUGCUGUACGCAACAACGUGGAUGGAUGUAAAGGUCAAUAUUCUGAGGCGAAAAAACCCCAAAAGUCACGUACUCUAUGAUUCCAUUUAUAUAAGAAUGUUAUUUCUUAAGGUUACAAAAAUCAUAGAAAUGAAGAAAUAAUUUUAGGUUAUCAUGGAUUUUUAAGAGUUUGAAACGAUGUGGGCAGUGGACUUUGUAUGUUUAUAAAGGGAUAGCAAGAGGGAGAUCUUUGUGAUGAUGAAGGAGUUCCAUAUCUUGAUUUUGGUAGUGGUUCACAGAAUUAAACGUGAUUAAAUGAUAUCAAACUAUACAUACACUUCACAAAAAAAUUUCUUGGCUGGAAAUUUUACAAUAGUUAUGUAAGAUGUAGUAAACAGGGGGAACUGUGAGAACAUUACAUGGGACCUCUCAGUAUCACCAUUGUAACUUUCUGAAAAUGUAUAACUCAUAGGAGCUUUGGUGGUACAGUGAUGAAAUGCUUGGCUGUUAAUCAAAAGGUAGACAUUUCUAGCCCACCAGCUGUUCUGCUGGAGAAAGAUAUGACGGUCUGCUUCCUGAAAGAUUAUACCUUUGGAAACCACAUGGGGCAGUUCUACUUUGUGCUAUAAGAUCUUCAUACAUUGCUCUUAGGAGUGUAUUCUGCUUAACCACUGAAAGCUAGCGUGGCCUCCCUGAGUUUUGAGAGCUUCAACAUAACUUUCCUACAAAUCCUGAACAAGAAAGCUCCCUGAACCUCUGCUUUUCUAGACUUUCCAAUGUUUUGUUUUGUUUUUUGGUCUCUAUUUUUCUGUAUUCAAUCCCUUUCUGUCUGUGAUAUCUACACUGGUUUUAGUUUUCCUGACACAACCAUAACGGAGAAAAUAUGUGUCAAAAAAGGCCAAGAAAAGAACAACCAAACAAACUUAAAUGGAAAAAAAAAAAAAUAAAGGGCAGAAA